AUGGGCAACGGCGCAAAAGCAGCCUCCAAGCGCGAGCGCAACGCAAAAGACACCAAGGGCGCCGGCAAAUCGCAGCUGAAAGUCAACGAAGCCGCAAAAGACAUCCAGUGCGUCGUGUGCCGCGCGACGUUCCUGAAGACGACGCGCGGGCCGGCGCUCACGGAGCACGCGGCGAAUAAGCAUAGCAAGACGCUGCAGGAUUGUUUUCCGGGGUUUGUGGAGGCGGCGAAGAAGUGA